AUGUUUAAGGGCCUCCCAGGUCCGCCCCGGUCUUAUCUUUUCGGCUCACUCAUCUCGAUGGGUAAAGUGAUUGCGAAGCAGCCUGCGCAAGCGGCACCUCAGACGUUCGUCCUUGGAUUAAAGGAGGAAUAUCGACUGGGAGAUUUUUGGUACUUGGACACAUGGCCCGCCGGGCCGCCUAUGUUGAUGAUCAUGAACACGGAAAUGGCCAACGAAAUCACAAACAAGAAUUUCGCGCCAAAACAUCCCCUGGUCGGCGAGUUCAUGAAGAAUUUUGGAGGUCCAGGAAAUCUUGUUAGCACAGAUGGACCUGAGUGGAAGAAGUGGCGAUCGAUUUUCAACCCGGGCUUCAGCAGUAAUAAUUUGAUGACCCUGGUCCCAGCGAUCGUUAAUCAGUGCAAGGUCUUCUGCGACCUGAUGGAACAGAAAGCCAAACGGAACGAGUUAUUCCGCAUGGAGACCGCGGCCACAAAGUUGACGAUCGACAUUAUCUGCAAGCUUGUGCUGGACAUUGAUCUCGACUCUCAGACUAAAACGAAUGAACUUGUCAGCGCCUUCAACUCUCAGGUCCGAUGGCAAAGCUUGGGUGUACAGUUCCAGCCUAGUGAGCUGUGGGACAUUAGACGACCAGUUAUGCAAGCGUACAACAAUUGGAGGAUGAAUCGCUAUCUCGGAAAACGUCUGGACGAGCGCUUUGCUUCGCGUGAGAGCAGAGGCAAGACUAAGCAUGUCAUUGAUCUUGCCCUUGAAUCAUAUCUUAAGGAAGUCAAGGGUGUUUCGGGAGACACCUCCCACGUCACCAAGCUCGAUGCCGAAUUCCGCAUUGGCGCGGUUAGCAACAUGAGGACUUUUGUGUUCGCCGGCCACGACACUACCUCGUCCACGAUUUGUUACGCAUAUUAUUACCUUGGCAAGAAUCCCCAAAUGCUAGCACGUAUUCGUAAGGAACAUGACGAUGUCUUUGGCACAGACCGCGAUGCCGCUGUAUCGCGAUUACUUGAGGAUCCUCGUCUCAUGAACAAGCUCGAGUAUACAUUGGCGGUGAUUCGGGAGGUUCUCAGGAUUCAACCUCCAGCCAGCACUGUCCGUGCUGGAUCUCCGGAGUAUGUUGCCACCCGCCGUUUGCCGACGGAAGGAUUCAUGCUUUGGCCUGUCGACGUUGGUAUGCAUCGCAAUCCCAGAUAUUGGCCUGAUCCACACAAGUUCAAACCGGAGCGCUUUCUACCAAAUGACACCGCCAACGAUCGAGAUGCGUGGAUGCCAUUUUCCAAAGGUUCCCGGAACUGCAUCGGCCAGGAACUCGCGAUUAUCGAAACGAAGAUCAUUCUGCUUAUGACACUAAGAAGUUGGGACUUUAUCCCCGCGUAUCACGAGUUGAAAGCUCUCAAAGGAGAUGGCACCGGUUAUCCAUCUGACGAGUCAGGUGUGCAGACGCAAUUUGGAGAGGAGGCAUAUCAGAUCCAACUUGGUACGGCUAAGCCAAGAGAGGGAAUGCCUUGUCGAUUGAAGCUGCGGUAG